AUGACUCUCAGACUGGCGAUGAUGGGGUCUACCUCCCAAGCUGCUACGCAUAGUCCUGCUUUUCACUCAACAAUCGACGGCUACAACAACGAUGCACCUGGGGGCAUUCCUACUCCUCGCUCCUCCCCUGUUGCCAGCGCUACCGAUCUCGGCUCCAACCUCAUCAGCCUAGCCGAUCACAGCUACGUAACUUUCGAUAAAGCCAAGGACAAUACCGUGAAUAACAGCGAAGAUAGGCCAGGCAAUGAUGCGGCAUGCGCACCUCAGAGACCGAUGACAGCUGAACUUUUCGCAGCUUGUGUGCUUUUGCAGCUUGCGAACCCGGAAGGCAGAACACUAAUUGAGGUCGCAACGGAAGACCAAUGGAUGCAAUUGCAGGCCCCCACGCGACACAAACGGACCGUCCACCGCGAUAACCUCAAGGGGAAGACCUCUAUUUGCACCAACGGGGAUUGUGCGAAGGACGACGACUUUCCGAAGAGAUGCUCCAGAGCCGAUAACUUCCGUGCGCAUUUAAAGAGUGUCCACAAAAUCGAGCAUGUUAGCGACAUAGACUGGCAGCAGUAUUAUUCUACUUUAGCUGAGAGCGUCGCGGACGAGGAGCAGUUCGUUGCCCUCGAUGAUGACACUGAGAAUGAGAAGGGGGGGGUUGAAUUCACUGAGAAUGGGAAGGGGGGAGUUGAAAUCACUGAGAAUGAGAAGGCAGGAGUUGAAAUCAAUGAGGACAAGUUUGGAGAAUACUUCAACGGCUUGACCCAGGCCGAGAUGCUGAAGUUCCUUGCUUUGGUGCCCGCAACGGAUUUGCAAGCGGCAUUGCGUCAAAAGGAAGAAGCUCCCAAACCGGAUACUUCUCAACCCUCCGCUAUCUAUCGAUGUGGGAAGACAUUCGGUAGCAAAGACGACUGGAAAAGGCACGAAGGCCAGCAACACACCCCGCCCGAGAUGUGGGUAUGUGAAAAGAAAUGUGGAAAGGUCUUCGGCAGUUGCGACUGUUUCAAGUUGCAUCUGGAGGACUCGCAUCAUGAGAUGAGCACUCCUACAAAGGAGGCGAAGCUCGAGGACGAUAGGCAGAAUAUUUACUCCGCGCCCUUAUUCUGGUGUGUGUUCUGCCGGUGUCCCCAUUGUCGAUACAAGCGAUCCUCAGGAUGUCCGCUUUGA